CCGCCACGCAAAUGAGGCGUUGUAGACGAUUCCAACUGUCGCGACAUACGCCGGAUCCUAACUGGUCUCCUUCGAGCCGGUCAAAGAUGAGUUCAAGAAGGGAGAUGAAUCCCAAAGCCACCGCCAUCGAGGCUGAGGAAAAGUCCAUUCCGGCCGAUUCUCCACUGUCGAAGGGGAAGAAAAAGGAGUCUGGCAUGGAGAUCGAAGGCUAUCCGGUAGUGGGCCACUCCAUCGGAGGGCAGGAGACGUGUGUCAUAUUCCCAACCCUAAAGAUGGCCUUUGAUAUCGGUAGAUGCCCCCAGCGAGCCAUUGCUCAGGACUUCCUCUUCAUCUCCCAUGGCCACAUGGACCAUAUAGGAGGACUUCCCAUGUAUGUUGCCACUCGAGGCCUGUACAAUAUGAAACCCCCAACUAUUUUUGUGCCAGUAGCUAUAAAGGAACAUGUGGAAAAACUACUUGAGGUGCACAGAGCAAUGGACCAAUCCGAACUGAAGCACAAUCUUAUAGGCUUGAAUGUGGGAGAAGAGUUUCAUUUAAGAAAGGACCUUAAAGUGAGAGCAUUUAGAACUUACCAUGUUAUUCCAAGCCAGGGUUAUAUAAUUUAUUCUGUUAGACAGAAACUUAAGCAGGAGUAUCUUGGCCUUUCUGGAAAUGAGAUCAAGAGCUUGAAGUUAUCAGGUGUGGAGAUUACAUAUACUGUGACAUCACCUGAGGUUGCUUUUACGGGAGACACAAUGUCUGAUUUCAUAGUCGACCCAAACAACAUUGAUGUUUUAAGGGCGAGGGUUCUCAUAAUGGAGAGCACUUUUGUUGACAACGUGAUGCCCAUAGAGCAUGCAAGAGACUAUGGUCAUACCCAUUUAGAUGAGUCUCUGUGCAGAUCGUUAAUUAUGCAGACAGGUUUGAAAAUAAAGCGAUUCUUCUAAUUCACUUUUCAGCUCGCUACCAGUCCGAUGAAAUUCAGGCAGCUGUUUCUGCAUUGCCUCCAAUUUUGGUGGAUCGUGUUUUCGCACUUACAGAGGGCUUCUGAUCUAAAUUAAGAUUAUCGUCCAUGCCAAAAAAUUUGCAUCUUGUGUAGGAUUUUCCAUAUUUUCACAAGCUUGUUUCUUAUAUCAUACAUGGUAACAAUUUUGAUAUUCAGUUUUAUUCAUAUGAUAGACUGGCAGCUGAUACAAAGUGGAUCCAAACCCCUCUA